AUGAAUAGCCCAGCGAACCACUUCAGCGGCACGUGGAAUUCGAAUACUCUGAGCGUGACCGUCUGUUCGGCCCUCGCACUUUACAAUGCACUCGAACUUGAACUUCUAGUCUUCACGACGUUUCACGCCUACCGAGGACUCUAUUUCUGGUCUCUGGUGUGCGCCAGCUUUGGCAUCAUUCCCUACGUCCUCGGCUACAUGAUAGAAUAUUAUGAGCUCGCCCCACUAGCCCUCGGAAUCGCAAUCGACACGGCAGGAUGGAGUCUUAUGGUCACUGGUCAAUCUGUCGUUCUAUACAGUCGGUUAUGGCUUGUGUUUGGAAGGGGUCACCGAAAGCUCCUAGGAGGUGUGAAGUGGAUGAUCAUUAUUGACGGUCUCUUAUUUCAUGUCACUACCUCUGUGGUUGUCUACGGUUCUCACUUUGGCGCCCACACGGCGAAAUUUGGCGCGGCCUACAACUACAUUGAACGGAUUCAGAUGAUUGGGUUCUGUCUCCAGGAAUUCUUUCUCAGUGGUUUAUACAUUUGGAAAGCCCUCGACAUCAUUCGCGUAUCCGAACGCAAGAAUUCGCAUCGACUCAUGUGGCAACUCUUCUCGAUCAACGUUAUUAUUAUCAUCCUAGACAUUGGGCUCCUAACGCUCGAGUUUCUCAACCAACAUGUCCUCCAGCAAACAGUAAAGGGAGUCACAUACAGUAUCAAGCUGAAGCUGGAGCUCGCGGUUCUGAACAAGCUUGUGGAGCUUUCACAAUUCAACAAUCGCGCAAGUACGAUGACCUUGGGCGAUACGAACGACUUUCUCGAUCCGACAAAGACGGUGUGGGAUAUCACGCGUUUUACUCCUGCAUUUUCAAGCAGCAUGCACACAUACCCGAAGUGGAUGUCCGAUUUGGAGAAGUCUGGAAUCCAACAUCUGGAGAGCACUUACUCGCCGACGGACAGUGCCUGGGUCCGGACUAAGCACAGUACCACCAUUUCGGCGGAUGACAUUGAUGACUUUCCGGAUGUUAUACAACCAAUCACUACCGUACCCGACCCACGGCUUGAUUCACGAGACAAAGGAUCCGCCACAGACCUUCUAUAUGCGGACGCCGUGAGGAGAAUCGCAAGAUGA